GUAUAUGCUUGAGGUUUUUGGUGUUGGAAGAAGCAUUCUGAACAUGUGUAAUUCGGAAGAUCAAAAGGUAAGGUCAAUGGCUAUAAAGAUGAAGGCAAAGUACAAUAAAUAUUGGGGAAAACCUGACCACCUUAACAUGUUGUUAUUGAUUGCAAUGGUAUUAGACCCUAGAUGUAAAUUGAAGCUUGUGGUAUGGAUGGCAGCUAGGAUUUAUGAUACUAGUGAUGCAGAAUAUUUGAAAAUCAAGUUGGGUUCAUAUUUGAAGUCUAUUUUUGAUGAAUACUCUGGCAGGGCAGUGUCUCGUCUAGGUAGUUCAGUUAAUCUAUCAGGUGGUUUUAAUGCAGUUAAUGAUCCGUACCAUUGUGCUGAAUUCUACCAAUCAGAUGAGUGCAGCACAUCAGAGACAGAAUUACAGAAGUAUAUUCAAGAAGAAGUAGAAAACCGUCCUCCAAAUUUUGAUGUGCUAGAGUGGUGGAAGGUGAAUUCAAGCCGAUAUCCAAUACUUGCAAGCAUUGCAAGAGAGGUUUUAGCCAUACCGAUAUCCAGUGUAGCCUCUGAAUCAGCUUUCAGUACCGGAGGAAGAAUCCUUGAUGCAUAUCGUAGUUCUUUAACAUCGGCUAGUGUGGAAGCACUUAUGUGUACUGAAGAUUGGCUCAAAGGAGUAGUUCCAUCUUUUCUUAGUAGUGAGGAUCUCGAUAAUAUUGAUCGAAUUGAGGAUGGUAAGAUGUCAAAAGAUAUAAAAACUAGUGUCUUAUUACUUUAUUAUUACAUGUUAAAUUUUCAUUCUUUCUUUUGCAGAACUAUAUUCUGCGCCAGAUGCCGGAAGUUGCUCAUCCUUUGUGUCAGUUGUUGAUGAUUGAGGGUUGGAGAUGGCUUGGAUUGCCUUUGAAGAAGAUGGCCAUGGGAAAUUGUGGUUGAAAAUUGGAUGUUAAUGCUUAUGAGCUUAGAUUAAAAAUUAGAACUUUUAGGUCACAUGUUAGUUUAGGUUCAUUUUUGGAAUGUUCAUUUGUAAUGUGCAAUGAGUUUAUCAUGGAAACUAUGU